AUGUCACAAAACUCUGAUAUACCCUCUGGGUCAACUCUUUCCCCAAUUCCGAUAGAUAAUGGCUUCCUGGGCUCGACAGCCAUAUUUUUUAGAGUCAAGCCUGGAGUCGUCUUGAAAGCUCCGGUUUGCAGGCAAGAGGAUCUAGUAAUUCGGCUGAGGCCGAGUGUGGCAAGCGGAUUCUCUAAUGAAAAGGAGAUUUUAGCCAGACUUGGCGAUCAUCCCAGAAUCACAAAGUAUCUCGGGUGGCACGACGAGUUUCCCACGGGCUUGCUGUUUGUCGAGGCCAGUCCCGGCAGCCUUCAGAGUUUCCUAGAUGAUCCAAGCCGGGACAUAUCCCUAUCUGUACGGAAAAAGUUAUGCAGGCAAGCCACCGAGGCAAUUGCCUACAUCCAUAGUCGAGGUGUCAUCCACAGCGAUCUCCGCCCUGAAAACUUUCUCGUCCACACUACAGGCUCUACAGACUUUGAUCUCAUGCUCUGCGAUUUUGGUGGAUCAGCUUGCGGAGAAAUCGGAAUCCCGGGUGAAAACCUCCCGGAUGAUGGCUUCUUUGACCCCAACUCGGGCUGGGCGACUACAGUGGCCACUGACAUCUUUGCUCUCGGGUCAGUCCUGUACACCAUAGUCUCUGGGCACUGGCCCUACAGAGAACCUCCCUGUGGGUUCUUCACCUCGCGAGAAGAAGUGGAAGAGUACGGAGCUCGUGUUAACGGCUUCUUCAAGGAGGGUAUCUUCCCCGAUACGGAAGGGUUGUACGGGGGAGCUAUCAUUCUGGGAUGUUGGACGAAGCAAUACUCGAGUGCCAAUGACAUCUUGCAAGCGCUGGAUGCUUCAGAAUCCUCGGCGUCUGAUCCUGAGACUUAA